CGUUUUUGUCCAUCACCCACCAGAAUGUCUAUUUUUGAAACGAUUGACUCCUGCUCCGAUUGUAAACUUGUCACCCUGUUGCUCUACCUCGCGCUUGCGGUCGGUGUGUACAAGACCACGACUGCGACGUUGGGUUUUGCUGCCCUUGUUGCCGACUGCUUCCUCCUCCCGGCGGUCAACUUUGCCAAAUACGGCGCCGCAAAGAAGGCAAAGUACUGGGCAGUUGUCACUGGUGCUUCCGACGGGAUCGGGAAGGAGUACGCCUUGCAAUUGGCAAAGAAGGGGUUGAAUGUGGUGUUGGUAUCGCGUACGCAGUCCAAGUUGGAGCUCCUUGCGGCCGAUAUCGAGUCAAGGUACGGGGUUGCCACCCAGGUGCUUGCUUUUGACGUGUCCACCGACGAAACUGCCAACUACGAACAGCUUUCUGCGGUAAUCAGUACCUUGCCGGUCACCGUUUUGGUCAACAACGUUGGCCAAUCCCACUCCAUCCCGGUUCCGUUCCUCGAAACCGAAGAGAAGGAGAUGAGAGACAUCAUCACCAUCAACAACACCGCCACUUUGAGAAUUACCCAGGUGGUUGCGCUGCAGAUUGUGGCCACCGUCGCCGGAAAGUCUGUGCGCGGUUUGAUCUUGAGCAUGGGCUCCUUCGGUGGUUUGUUGCCUACCCCGUACCUUGCAACCUACUCCGGGUCCAAAGCGUUUUUACAGCAGUGGUCUGCGGCUUUGGCUGGUGAAUUAAAGCCACAGGGCGUGGAUGUUGAACUAGUGAUCUCGUACUUGGUGACAUCGGCAAUGUCCAAGAUUAGACGCACCUCUGUCACGAUUCCGAACCCAAAGACCUUUGUCGCAUCGGUGUUGCGCAGUGCGGGGCGUCGCAACGGUGCUCAGGAAAGGUUUGGCACUACCACGCCGUUCUGGUCACACGCGUUAAUGCACUGGGGGAUCGAAAACACCGUUGGGGUGUACUCAAAGAUUGCCAACACGUUGAACUUGAACAUGCACAAGUCGAUUCGUGCGAGAGCGUUGAAGAAGGCAAAGAGAGAUGCUAAGAAGGAGUAAGCGUUUCCAAGCGAGCUCUGUAGAUCACUCCUCAGAUCGGACCUGGCGAUGAAGGGUUUGGUUGGGGUGAGCUAAUAAACGAGAUAAGAAGUUACUAUAAGUGAAGUUUAGUAUAUAGUUAAGGGUGCUAGAUCCAUGA